AUGGCAUAUGUCCUCUCCCUCCGUCCCCAGAGUCCACUGAAACGUUCCUUCAGUGAAACGCCCUACCUGAGGUCCUACUCGACUCUACAGGAAAAAACGCAACAAGCAGCAUUCCCGCAAGUUUCAUCUCGGAUCUCAGUGGGCUCUCUGAAGUCUUUCGCAUCUGUCCAGGCAAGCCCAAGGACCCAGGGCAAUGAAAAUACACCACUAAAACCCAGGAGCCGAUUCAAUUCUACGAAAACUGCCCCCACAGAGACCAGCUUGUCCUACGACUUUCGACAGCCGGACGUGGUGGCUGAGCCCCACCGGUCGUCCUCCUCGACUUACAUAGAAUCACCCGACUUCUCAUUGGAUCAAGAAAACAAGUUGGAUGUCGACCUCGAUAGCCUUAAAAAAGGAAACGACCCGGUCCAAGACGAUGUAAACAACCCAGCCCUCACCGACUCAAAGUCCGAAUCAGACAUUUGCUCCUUUUAUGAUGCGCUCCAGAUCCCACUACCAGACAGCCGGUCAUCCGAUAGCAACCGAUCAUACGACUCUGUCGAAGAACCUGCCCAGAUCGUUUUCGAGAUUAGCCCACCGCCAUUCAAGAGAUGGAUAAGCACACUGAGAAGGAAGCAUGCCCUGAAAGGCACCACAUAUCGGUCCGAAUGGAGAUCUUCCGGUCUUACCGAUACGGGUGACGACUUUGACUCGGCAUUAUGGCUUAUGCCUCACAUCGCUGAAUCACCUCGAAAGGAUUCUGGUUCGGUCUCUUCGUCUCUGGGAUUUGUAACAGCAAUCAAGUCCGCCUCAAUAACUCUAGCGAGCGUCAGUAUAGCUACUUGCUCACAUGGAGGACUUCACAAGAUCAAGUCUAGAGGUAAUAGAAGUAGUGGGCUCUCAGAGGCUAGGAACUCGAUAGACAGUAGUUCUGCCGCCCUGGGGCCAAUCCUGGAUGAAGGGACAUGGAUCCGUUCUGUACAGCGUCGAAAGAUCCUUGAGGAGUUGAUCGCAUCCGAGGAGGGCUACAUUGGGGAUAUCAAGAUCCUGGUCAACGAAUACUUCAUGAUUCUGGCAGCGGUACCGAGCCUCCCUGCUCAUAUCAGAAUGGCAAUACAGCAAAACGUGACACAAAUAUUGCAGUUGCAUGAGGAUAUACUCGGCGAACUUCAUAAGGUUGUUCCGCAUGCAGAAUAUACGCACACCGCACGUCACACAUCCUACCCAGUCACCAAAGCGAAACAUAUCCGCUUCCAUAGCGCUGAUGUGAUACCUGGACGAUUUCAUGAAACUCGGAGACCGAGUCACAAAACUCGCCGUUCCCUUGAUAACGGUACCACUCCAGAUCAUCGGCCGCGUGGUUUAGUGACCGAUACCCAAACUGCCGCAAAUGUGGCCAAGAUCUUCAACAAACACAUGAAACGUUUCUUUGCUUACGAGGAAUACGGCGCCCAAUGGACUGCGAUGUCACAAGAAUUGACCUCGACUUGCAAGAACUUGCCAUCUUGGCAUGCGUACGAAAGAGGUGUUGAGGCGCUGUCUAAAACCCUGACAUCUGAGAACAAUCGCGAGGCGAACAGUCGUAAAGCUCUGAGCUUCUCGGACUUGUUGAUCAAGCCGAUUCAAAGGGUCUGCAAAUACCCUCUUCUUUUCUCGGACUUAUGUCGCUACACGCCUGUCUACGACGAUCCGGAGGCUCAUGCGGAGCUUCAGAAAGCUGUUUCUCACCUACAUGAAGCCAUUCGUGAGGUUAACAAAGCGAAAGACGAUCCAAGGAGAAGGCGACUGAUUGAAGCUACUUGGCAACUUCAAGAUCGCUUGGCUUUCCAAGAAGAGAAGACCAUUUCCCGCACUGCUGUCUUUCGACUAUUAGGGCACGUACUCCUCUGUGGAGUCCUUCACGUGGCGUACCAAUCUCCAGAGCGACCGAAGGGACAAUACAUGAUAUGUGCUCUCUACAAAACGUGCUUGAUUCUUGCUACGACCGAUCCCUCCUCAUACAAGAUCUACAAUGUAGUAGCUGCCAUAUCUCUCGCGAAUGGUAGCAUUGAAGCACCCAACAAUGGCCGAGGACUUCAGUGUCAUACCGCUCAGCAUACUUGGAAGCUUGUCUUUGAACAAGAUCAUCGCAUUUUCGACAUCAUUUUGAGCGCGUGCACAGCGCAAGAAGAAGAAACAUGGAAGCAUAACCUUCAAGAGCGCAUCAAUGCCGAAACUCACGACCUAAGUGAAGAACGUUCUGCUGCUCAGGAUACAUAUUCGUCGCUCUCCUUGGAUAUACGAUUCAUUGGCCCAGUGUUUGGAUCGGAGGAGAAUCUUCGUCGGAGAAUGUCAGUCCACCGGGCUGCAACCAUGGGACCUAAGUCCAACUCCAACCAAGUCAUCAUCCAAGGCACGCAAGCACAGAAGAUCCAAGAGCCUAGCCAAUCCACCGUUUCUCUUCCAGUUGCUCGUUCAAAGUCGCAUUUGUCGUCCCACUUUAUCCCCACGCUGGCUCCCAGAAGAGGAGAGAGGACACGGCUGGAGACAGUCAUAGAAGACGUCUGGACAAAAGACAUGUUGCCUUUCCCAGGCAUGGCUCCUCGUCGUGCAGAGAAUCCUCUCCGGGCUUCGGCCAACUCAGUCAUGCGAAAACUUAGCAUGGCUAGUAUCGCUAGCAACUUCUCCAGACGAUCCCCAAGCUUCACGAGUCUAAGCCAUACACGCUCGGAAGAGUCAUUUUCAGGAAUGCCGGGUCCUUAUGGUGGGAUCAGGGCAAAGUCAGCGCUGUCGGACCGGCGCCCAGCUCCAGCACUAGUCGACUUCCACAAUGCACCAGCAGCAUUCCUCCCCGCCGAUUUUGAACUGCAAGACAAGACGGCUUCUCGCCAGAGACGGUUUGGACAUAAAACAACGUUAGCCUACCGCUCAAGCUAUCGAUCCGCAAAGAAAGCUCGACGUGAUUCAGCGACGCAAAUUCCCAUGCUUCCACAGCGACCAAUGCUACCUAACAGAAUGGGAUGUUCGAAUUGCUCAGACGACACUAUCGUUCAUAAGCGCCCGCAAGGUAAUCCGAAUAGCAUCAUGGAGAACGAGAUUCCGCGAUGCAAAUCGGCGCAGUCAGCGCCCGCGACACGUGCUCCCUCCGUGGCCAGCACCACCGCACCGAAGAAACCAUCGCGUGUGAAGUCUACGCUCCACCGUUUCUUCAAGAAUUGAUGAUCGCUGGGAUUGGAAUAGCCGCCGCAUGCAUACUACACCCCACGCACAGCACCUACAUGCUGGACUACUUUCUAUGUUGUAUGCAUAUCGGCGCGAGCAUGCUGGACACCGGGUUUGCAUGGUUGGGGCCGACGGUUUGGGGUGGCAGGCGGGGCUGCAGCUGCAAGGUACUCCCGCGUACGGGGUUCCAAGGUUCUUUUUCUUUCGGCGUGCUUGUUUUGAAUUGAUUGAUUCCUGACUUGGAGGGGUUGUUUCCUGGGGAGCGAAGAGGGCUUUGGUUGCGUCACGCUGCGGGCGGACUGCUGCACAUCUCAUAGACUGCGAAUAGAUAUCAUCAUCUUACU